ACACACACCUUGGACUUCCAGCAAGAGCUCGCAGUGGACCUGGAGGACGUCUGCUGGAUCGUCCAUGUUUCAUAGUUGCACCUCCAUCAAGAGAACCCAGACAAUCGCUCGGUGGGAAGGUCCGCAGCUGACUUUAAGAUCUUUUUUUGUUCCCUCACUGAAUAUUUGGCAUGAUUAGUUAAGACUCCAUUCUUCAUUUUCAAAAGGACGGAGAAGAGGGGGGGAGUUGGAGUUGGCUGUAGCUGGUCGCUGAGAUUGAACGGUACCAUGUCUAAGCCUGUUGACCAUAUCAAGAGACCCAUGAAUGCCUUCAUGGUGUGGUCCAGGGGGCAGAGGCGGAAGAUGGCCCAGGACAAUCCAAAGAUGCACAAUUCGGAGAUCAGUAAAAGACUUGGGGCCGAGUGGAAACUUCUGUCUGAAGCCGAGAAAAGACCUUACAUUGACGAAGCCAAAAGGCUGAGGGCUCAACACAUGAAGGAACACCCUGACUAUAAGUAUAGACCAAGGCGCAAGCCCAAGAACCUUUUAAAGAAGGAUAGGUAUGUCUUUCCACUGCCCUACCUUGGAGACCAUGACCAUCUUAAAACAGGACUCCCCAUGAGUGCCACUGAGUCUCUUUUGGGGGUCGAGAAGGCGAGGGCUUUCUUGCCACCUACUUCAGCACCUUACUCUUUGCUGGACCCAAGCCAGUUUAGCUCCACCACCAUUCAGAAGAUGACUGAGAUGCCACAUACCUUGACCACAAGUACCCUCCCUUAUGCCUCGACCUUGGGAUACCAAAAUGGAGCUUUUGGGGGCUUAAGCUGUCCCAGCCAGCACACACACACACACCCUUCUCCCACCAACCCCGGCUAUGUGGUGCCCUGUAACUGUACUGCAUGGUCUACAUCUAACUUGCAGCCUCCAGUUGCCUAUAUAUUGUUCCCUGGCAUGACUAAAGCUGGUUUAGACCCUUAUUCCUCUGCACACACUGCAGGCAUGUAAAAGAAGGACUUCUAGAGGAAAUGGGAACUGCAUUGGUGCAUGUAGAGGCGGACUGCCACGGGUAGGUCCUAGAACAGUGAUGGGAGAGGGUUGCUGGAGGCUUGGACCAACUCACCUUUAAGCUCCCGGCAGAACGAUGCACUUACUAUUUAUGAAAGGACCAGUCCAGUUAUUUUCACCCUCAAGCCAUGCGGAUAAGCUGGAAGUUAUUGUCAGGACAAAUUGUAAGAAUCGUACAAGUUCAUACUUUUGUUUUGUUUGUUUGUUCAUUUUUAGCUAUUACACAAUUUGGACAAUGAUUUUUAAUUUAUUGAAUUUUGAUGUCUAUUUGAGUUUGCCUUUCAUUUCUCUAUGUUAUUCUGACCUCGAAUUUUGAAGGAACUGAUAUUAAAUUAUUUCAGAAAAUAAUAAGAAAUAGUAUUAUUGCCAACUGACCUGUUUUGCACACUUUCAUUUGCUGUCGGCUGAGUGGGAUCUGUGUUAGAUAUUUUACCCUGAAAUUUGCAUUAUUUUACUUUCUGGAGAGUUUAGCGCUCAGAGCUCUAUUACUAAGGAAUAAUCUGUUAAUGUGCCCAUAUAUUUACCCCCCAAAACAAAACUUUUUUUUUUUUUUUUUAAAAACAAAUACUUAAAAAAUAAUCCUAUACCUUUGAAGAUAUUUCCUAGGGUUGGGUAGUGCAAGCAGUGUGAUAUGAAUUCACGUCUAUCUGAACGGGAAAUGUGACUGACAGGCUUUAUGUACUAAAGGAAUGACUGUACCUAACACUUAUAUCCCUUUAUCUAUCAAACCAUGUUCCUUUUUUUGUUGGAAAACAAUCUUUUGAAUAAAGACAAUCUUGUC